UGUCCAGUUUGUUUUGUUUUUUCUCUAACCUUAAAUAAUUAUUAUUCACUUAUAAUGCUAAUUCUCAUUUUCAACUUUGAUGAAUACACCAUGAAAAUUGAUUAAAAAUGUCAAAAAGAAAAAGAAUUACAGCGGAUGAAAAGCGAACGCUAAUGCUACAAUUUUUCCACGAAAAGAAGGACUUUUAUACUUUAAAAGAAUUAGAAGUUCUCGUUCCAAAAGAAUGCGGAAUAAUUCAACAAGCGGUUAAAGAUAUUCUUCAAACUUUGGUAGACGAUGAUUUAGUACACACUGAUAAAAUUGGUACAAUCGUGUACUUUUGGGCUUUCCCAGGAGAAAAAAUACUAAUAUUAGAAAAUGAAAUAGGACAGACAGGAAAUAAAAUUCUCACACUGGAAACAAAACUUGAACAAUUAAAGUCGGAUAUACAAAAUGAAGAAACGAAUAAAGAAGACCUGCAUAAGACAAAAAUAUUGCUCGAUGAAAUUGAAACAUUACGUAGAAAAGAGGCAGAAUUAAAAUUGCAAAUUGCAAAGUUUAAGGAUGCCGAUCCCGAAGUGAUUGCGGAGCUUAAUGAAAAAGCCCAGUUUUACAAAAAUGGUGCUAAUACUUGGACGGAUAAUAUUUACUCUCUAAAAACUUGGUGUAAACAAAAAUUUAACAUCGAUGGAGUUGCACUUAACAAGCAAUUUCAAAUUCCAGAAGAUCUCGAUUACAUCGAUUAAUAUAGAAUAUUAAAUAAUUUGCGCAUUGAAAUUUUAUGUAAGAUGAGAAAUAUCUUUAAACGGCAUUCUUAAAGCGCUCACCAUUCGACCAGAAUUCCUUUCAUAACAUUCACCAUC